AUGACUGCAAACGCAACAGAGUUCAUGAGGAUGUCUGCUUACGACCUGAUGCAAGAGGCCAAAAAGCGGAACAUUCUCCACACUGGAAGUCGUGGUGUUCUAGCAGUUCGCUUAACUUUGUUUGAAGACCCAGGCAUCUUGGCAGCCUGCCCUGCCUUGAUGGCUAGGGUUGCAGCCCAAACCAGCUUGGAGCUUCCCAAGCCACCUCCUGUCACUGCAGAGCACGGUGUGCAAGCCGGUGAGUCGUGGGUGCAGGGGGUGGAAGAAGUUCCUGAAGCGGAGGCUAUGUGCACUCCAGAGAAACAGAAGCCAGUGGCUUCGCCAUCUUCGUCUUCACCUCCCAGCCAGAGUAGCGGGUCCAGACGCUACCAACUCCGGGAAGACUUGCAGAAAGCCAGCCCUGAUGGAUCCGGACAAGCAGAGGCAACAUUCUGCGAUGUCUGCGAACCUGCGCGAGCAGGUUUUCUGCGUUUCAAGAUUGAGAAUGGCAAGCAGCUACUGGGCUGUUGGGUGUGCAUGGCGUAUGAAAAGAAGGGGCACAAGUUGCGAGGGAGACAAAGUUUGGGUCGAUAUCAGCUUCUUAUCAGCAACAAGAACAACCACUCGAAGGAGCUAUUAGACCAGCACGUGAGGCAGCCGGCAGGCGACCACUCUCUUGCCUUGCAAUGCCUACGGCAAGAAUAUGGCGGAGAAUCUGAGGAAGCCCCUGCUGUGAAGAAGCGCAGGACGGUCAGUCUUAGUCCUUUCGAAGACCACGCUAUCUUCUUGGCAUACACUUGCCUUCGGCUAGGGCUCACCGAAAAAGAUUUUCAUACCAUGUCCCAGACUGCCUAUUCUUUGGGUGCGCAGAUUUCAGAAGCCCAUUGGUCUUCUCGAUUCUACAAAGAGGUUACCACAGCGGCUGCCACGAACCUCUGGGAGCGACUCGUGGCCAAGGUGAAGGGCAGCGAUGUGCUUUCCAUCUGUGCAGAUGAGGAGCCGGAAAGUGCGUAUUGGGAAGUCAGGCUGCUGCAUCAAAAGAGUCACGAUGGCUUAUGCGAGCAGACUCUGAAGUCUUUCUGUCAGAGUGCUUUGACUCCUGAGGAGCUCAGCUCCAGACUGAUCGCCUUUUGCGCCGAUGGCGCCACUGUGUGUGGAACUCAACGCGGUGGAAAGCCAUUAGCUGCCCCUUGUGCUGGUCCACGGGGGAACCUAGCGGAGAGCUUGUUGCGCUUCAAGCGCGGCUUCUCGACAGAGAGUUUGUUCACAGUGUGGUGUAGCUCGCAUAGAUGCGAGUUGGUGGCUAAGCGCAUUGAGGACCACCCUGCUGCAUUUCCUCUACUGCGCAUUGUGCGCCGCUUAUGCGCCCACAUUAGCAGCAGUACCACUGCGCAAGGCCACAUGGCCGCUUUGCACAAACUCUUAGAGGAUGGAUCCAGCCCGCACAAGCUAUCAUAUGCUCCUCAAAGGUUCAUUUCCCACGCCCAACCUGCUCGGGUCUUGAUUGAUUCCUUUGAAUGCAUUGCCAGCUACUUGCACGAGCUCGCGGGCAAGGAUGGUGAACAAGGGGCAUGGGCCAGGGCAAUGAACGCCGAUGUCAAGGAAAUGCGAUCGUGGCUGCUUGUGUCCAUCAUCGCAGAUCUUUUGCUGAUCCUGCGCAGAUUAAAUCUGCGUACGCAGAGGUCAGAUGUCCGGGUGCUCCAAGUUGAUCCAUUGUUAGAUGCUUGCCGAGAAGAGAUUGAGGACUACAUGAAGCCGGGUACCGGUGGUCUUGCUCGUGGCUUGAAAGAGGUGUUUCAGCCGCAUUCCAGUGCAGCGGGUGCUGAGAGCAAGGUCAUGAGUUUUUGCAAACGUGUGCACGUCAAGACUCUUGGAGUGCGCAUCUUGUCCUGUACAUUCAAGUUUGGGCGGCAGGGGGAAUACGCUUUGCGCAUCACCUACCAAACCUUGGAUGAGUGCGUGGAGGCAGCCCGUGAAAUCAAAGAGAUUAUCUUUCAGGAUCUGGAAAGUCGAUUUGCGCACACUGGUGUGGCCAAGUUUUUUUACGUCUUGAGCCCUUCCUACGAAGAUCUUCCAGAGCAACCGUUUGAUCGUGCUAUGCAUGGCUUGGCGAAGCACUUUGACAUGGACGCCGGUGUGCUUGCUGAAGAGUUUCGGCAUGUCCUACGCCUGAAAACCGCGCAUUUGGCGCAACAUCCGCAGAAGAAGACCUUGCCACCGCACAGCUUCUGGCCUUCGCUGCUUUUGCAGAUCAGGUCAACAACCCCUUGCUGCUAUCGGGUCAUUGCGGCAUGCAUCAUCCUUUCCUACCAAAAUACGGACGUGGAGCGAGACUUAGCCCUUCUGAAGCGUGCGCACGAGAGGUCGCAGGGCCAGUGCGGCGAUGAAACCACGGACCACAGAGCCAGGAUCCGGAUAGAAGGGCCUGCUUGUUCCAAGGAUCGAAAUGGCCGCGUGGACGAGUUUCUCCAGAGUGUGGCUGAGGAGUGGGGGUCUGCAAAGAGACGGCAGGCAAACCCAUGCGGAAGCAAGCCUGUAGGCCCCCAGGGCUCGAUGCCGCAAAGGGCGCGUCUAAAUGCUGCCGGCUCCAACCGAGAGAUCAUGAAUGUUGAGGUUUCCGGAGAGCCAGCUCCGAACGAGGGUGGCGACCAGGAAAUCAACCCAGAAGCCUUGUGUGCAUUCCUCCGAGCAUGA